AUGAAAUUACACUCACUUAUCGGCCUACUUGGUCUUGGGUAUCUAGCAAAUGCCGUGAAUCUACGCCCACGAAAUUACGAUGCCCACGAUUACUAUGUCCUACAUCUCGAUUCUACUGCGGACCCUGUACAGGUGGCAGGGAGGCUGGGCUUAAGUCAUGAUGGUCAACUGGGAGAGUUGGAAGAUCAUCAUGUCUUUUCGACACACAAGCAGGAUGAAGAUGUUGUGCACACAGCUUUGAAGGAGCGAAGGAGGCGGAAGCGGUCGCUGGGCGACUUUGAUAUUCUGGAUAGGGUGAAGUAUGCACAAAAACAAAAGUUGAAGGCUAGAAUGGAGAAGAGAGGUCUAAUGCGGCCGGCGCCUGAAGGAUACGAAGUCGACAAACGGGAAGACACCACAGCACCCGUUGAUGCUGCGCUCGUGAAACAACAAGCGGUUCAAAAAGCAUUAGGGAUUCAAGAUCCAAUAUUCAAAGAUCAAUGGCAUUUGUACAAUCCGGUGCAAGUCGGACACGACGUCAAUGUUACCGAUGUUUGGAUGCAAAAUAUCACUGGAAUUGGCUCAAUUGUUGCUAUUGUGGACGAUGGGCUGGACAUGUACAGCAAUGAUUUGAAGGCCAAUUACUACGCCGAAGGGUCUUACGAUUUCAAUGAGAAUACUCUCGAGCCCAAACCUCGAUUGUCUGAUGAUAAACAUGGCACACGAUGUGCCGGUGAAGUUUCGGCUGUCAAGAACGAUGUAUGCGGUGUUGGAGUUGCCUACGAUUCUAAGAUUGCUGGAAUUCGGAUACUAUCCAAGAUGAUUACAGAUGCCGACGAAGCUGUCGCUAUGAAUUACGCAUACCAGCACAAUCAGAUCUACUCUUGCUCGUGGGGUCCUCCUGAUGAUGGAAGAUCAAUGGACGCUCCAGGUAUACUUAUCAAGAGGGCCAUGGUAAAUGCAGUUCAAAAGGGGCGUGGUGGAUUAGGCUCCAUCUACGUUUUCGCAUCCGGAAACGGCGCUGCGAACGAAGAUAAUUGCAACUUUGAUGGUUAUACCAAUAGUAUCUACAGUAUCACGGUUGGAGCAAUCGACAGAAAGGGCCUGCACCCAUAUUAUUCCGAGAAGUGCUCUGCUCAACUCGUAGUCACCUAUAGUAGUGGAAGUGGAGAUUCUAUUCACACGACUGAUGUUGGUACCAACGCUUGUUCUUCUGCACAUGGUGGCACUUCCGCUGCUGCACCUCUCGCAGCAGGAAUCUUCGCUUUAGUUUUGCAAAUCCGACCAGAUCUAAGCUGGAGAGAUUUGCAAUACCUCGUGAUGUCAACUGCUUUGCCAGUUGAUCUUGAAACUGGUGAAUGGCAAACAACAACUAUCGGAAAAAAAUUCAGUCACACUUUUGGAUACGGAAAGAUUGAUACUUGGGCAACUAUUGAAGCCGCGAAGAAUUUCAAGAACGUCAAACCUCAAGCCUGGUUCUAUUCUCCUUGGAUUCACGUCAACCAAGCCAUUCCGCAAGGAGAUGCAGGAAUUUCAGUUUCUUUUGAGGUCACCAAAGAAAUGUUGCAAGGAGCAAAUCUAGAGAGAUUGGAGCAUGUUCAGGUCACAAUGAACAUUGAUCACACCAAGCGUGGAGAUUUGAGUGUUGACCUGGUCAGCCCAGACAAGCUCGUUAGCCACCUUUCAGCAUCGAGACGUUAUGAUACUGAGCCCGAGGGAUAUGAUGAUUGGACUUUCAUGUCCGUUGUUCACUGGGGUGAAUCUGGCAUUGGAACUUGGACCAUCACUGUCAAAGAUGCUUUCCUAAACGAACAUAAUGGAACUUUCACAGAUUGGCAUCUCAAGUUAUGGGGAGAAUCUAUCGAUGCUGAAAAGGCAACAGUACUCCCAAUGCCUACCGAAAACGACGACGAUAACCACGCCGAAAUUGCCACAACCACCAUUGCAGGAUUCACAUCGGGCGCAACAUCUGCUCCAACCAAUGCCGCUGCUCCAACCGACGAGCUUCCAAGCACUCCAUCAGACCACCCCGAUCGUCCUAUCAACGCCAAACCUUCUGGCACAGAAGAUGAAUUAACCUCUCCUACCUCCACCACACCAGCAGGCUCAGAGACCACAACUCCGUCCACGUGGAUUCCAUCCUUCCUCCCAACCUUCGGCGUCUCCUCCAAAACUCAAAUUUGGAUCUACGGCGCCCUAGGUCUCAUCGUCACUUUCUGCGCCGGUCUAGGAGUAUACCUAUAUAUGGCCCGCCGAAAGCGCCUCCGCAACAAUCCAAGAGACGAAUGGGAAUUCGAUCUACUCGAAGAAGAUGAAGCGGAAGCUCUAGCCGGAAACAACGAAAUGGCAAUGAAGAAGGGAGGAAAGAGAAGAGCGGGUGAAUUGUACGAUGCGUUUGCAGCCGGCAGCGAUGAUGAAGAUGACGAGUAUAGGGAUGGGGGUGAUGAAAGGGAAAAGAAACUGUACGAGGAUGACCGGGAGAGUGAGGGCACGGGAAGUGGAAGUGGUCAUCAUGUUAUCGGGGAUGAUGACGAUGAUGAGGAUAGUGAUGAUGAGAGUGCGGUGAAUGUGAAGGAUGAGACGAAACCGUUGAGAAAGUGA